AAGAUAUGGCCCAUGUUCAUAGACUUUUCACUUUUGUUAUAUACGUCAUAGUUACAUCACUUAACAGCGUAAAACUAACUCCGACUGGUACCGGAUUCGAUUCGUGGUUAUCAGAAAUCGAAUCAAUAAUGUCGAAUCCUGCAGCCGUCGCCGGCAGAGGAUCAAUCACUCACGUCAUAUUCGACAUGGACGGUCUUCUUCUCGACACUGAGAAGUUUUACACUGAGGUCCAAGAGAUUAUACUUGCUAGGUUCAAUAAAAAAUUUGAUUGGUCUCUUAAGGCUAAAAUGAUGGGUAGAAAAGCAAUAGAAGCUGCCAGGAUCUUUGUUGAAGACAGCGGGAUUAGCGACUCUCUUUCAGCUGAGGACUUCCUUGUCGAGAGAGAGUCAAUGUUGCAAGACCUUUUCCCUACUAGUGAGCUCAUGCCAGGGGCUAGCCGACUCAUCAAGCAUCUCCAUUCAAAGAAUAUUCCAAUAUGUAUCGCUACCGGUACUCACACACGACAUUAUGAUCUAAAAACCCAAAGACACAGAGAGCUUUUCUCAUUGAUGCAUCACAUAGUUCGUGGUGAUGAUCCAGAGGUGAAGCAAGGAAAGCCUGCCCCAGACGGGUUCCUCGCUGCAGCUAGGAGAUUUAAGGACGGUCCUGUGGAUUCACAAAAGGUUCUGGUGUUCGAAGAUGCUCCAUCUGGAGUUCUUGCUGCUAAAAACGCCGGAAUGAACGUGGUGAUGGUACCGGAUCCUAGACUAGAUAUCACUUACCAAGAUGUUGCAGAUCAAAUUAUAACCUCUCUACUCGAUUUUAAACCGGAGGAGUGGGGUUUGCCUCCAUUCGAAGAUUCAAACUAAACGAUACAAGCGUCUUCAAGGUAAUGAUAAAAACUCAAAUCAUGAAAUGGUGAGAAGCUUAGUCUUUGUCUUUAUUAUAUCGUUUUGGCAUGUACAUGACAAGGCCAUGCUGCAUUAUGUCGUCAAGGGUUCUAUGAUUUUCUGGCUAUUGAAGAUAUAAAAAUAAACCAAGUGGUGACAUGACGAGAGACCAAACAAAAAAUUGCCUCAACGUUUAAACAAAUUUUUUUUGUACAACUACUCUUACCCACAAGUUUCAACAUUGGCUUAUCUUAUUUUGUUCUUGUCGGGAUAGCUGAAUUGAUUCCUCUUUAUGGUUUGGAAUCUCUCUUCUUUACGCAUCACUAACAUGUGUUGUUACUGCAUAAAAUUAAUACUCUCGUCCUUUCUUCAAA